GUAAUAAUCUGCUGUUUUGGGGUAAGUUGAUUUAUUAUUUAUUGUGAGAUUACAGUUUACUACCAACUUACGAUAUUGGCGUUACUAAUACAAAAAAGUGUGACCUGAAAUCAUAAUGGUACUGUACAGUCCGAGGUACAAAAUUGACGUAAAAUAUUUGUUUAAUUAGCUUGUGCAGCAAUUGUAAUUGGUAAGCAGUAACCAAUGUUGGCUAUAUUAAUUUACUUAAUGAUGCAGUAAACAAUGCUGGCUAUAUUAAUAUAUUUGAUGAUCGUUAUAAGGAUGUUAUUUACACAAAUCAUAAAAUAGUACACGUCAUAAUAAGUCCAAGAGUGUGACAAGCUCAUGACUAAUAAAAAAAAACUUAAAUAUUUUUAUCCGAUAUUUGCUAUCAGAUUAUAGGGCAAUUACAAAUGUUCAUCUGUUUUGCUAUGUUCGAAGCUCAAGGACAUUAGAUAACUUCUAAUUCUGAUAAUGUCAUUCAGCAAUGUCCAUAACUGUUCAAAAUAACCUUUUUCUCAUGCUCAUUGCUGUGCUGGCUGAAACCUGAAAAUAACGAGUCGUUCUUUAUCUAAUUCUUUUGGGAUUGGAACGUGACAUAUCAAAUUUUUGCAUUAUUGUCACUAUUAUCACAAGUUUUGAUCAUGUCUCCCAACUGACUCAUCCUGCAGGGAGUGUCGGAAGUUCAUAUAUGUAUUAGAUUUUUUGGAAAGACCAUUCCAAGGCAGCGACACGUCAUUAUGUGCAAAAAUUGGAACAGAUAAAAAGCCUGUUUUAACUUUGUUUCAAAAUGAUUUCCUGCUGGAUAACUAUUUUGUCAAAAGUUAUACUAUUAUAUAAUCAUUAUUACGUUCAAGAUCAUCAUUAGAUGCACCUUUUCAAACCCUACAACUUUAUUACAUUUUUCUUUAUGAUACGUAUUUUUCGAGAUAUUUUGCACUUUACCUAGUUUCUGGACGCCCUCAAAUACCCACGAAGGUCAUGUUCAAGUUCAUGGGCAACAUAAAAUUCCCCACUCUACAUUUCCAGUAUCAGAAGUAGUUUCACUUCACACUAGAAAACUAUAUUGACCUUCAAAUGACCUUGGUCAUAGCCAAGUUCACGUUCAAAAUCAGUAUUAUUUUUAACUUUUGGAACCUUACAACUUUGUUCUACAACAUUUUCUUCUAGGAAAUGUAUUUUUUGAGUUAUAUUGAUCUAUCCAUAUUUAUGAGCAUUCUACAAUGCCUACAACCUCCCUUGGACACAUUUUUACGUAUCUCUGUAUUGUGGUUCGGACAUGACGCUGACAGAUUGGACAGUCAUUCACAUUUAUAUUUAUAUAUUGGAAAAAUGUAUAUUUAUAACCUUUGAUAGUCCUAAUUUAUGUGGUAAUAGAACCAAGUAGAAUGUUCACAUAUACUGCAGCCAAAUUGGGAUCAGUUGAGUAACAACUUAAUAAACUUCUAACAAAAUGUAUUUUGACCUGGAAUGUCUUGUAAUCUCAAUACUAUGUUAUACACAAAAUUUUAGCCUUCCACUGAUAUUUCUAGAUUAUAUAUCACAUGUUGCAUAAGACUGAAAAUUCUUAUUACAAAUUUCGUAAGUAUGCUAUGUUCACAAGGAAAUCACCAUUGACUAUCAGGGUCAACAUUACUUUUGAUUAUCAAGGGUAAUUGCAGAUGCUCAAAUUAAAAUAUUAUCAUUUCGUGUCUUUAAACAAGCAACAAGGUCAAUCGAAUAAUUCCAAUAAUAGGAAUAGAAUUUUAGGUAAUAGACAUUUGUUUACUACACUUAUGUUUUAUUCUCUUCGUGUUUUGUACAUAAUUGUUUCCCGUUCCCUUAUAUUUUUUUGGAUGCAGCUGUUAAAUCAGUUGUGCAUCUCAAUUAUACAUUUUCUUUGUUUACGCGAUAAUUAACUACAGUACUUGAUAUUGAAUUAUCACUCGGCUGUUGCGUUACAUUUAUAAACGAUAUUUUCACAAGUAUUAUUUUAUCUCAAUGUUUUUAAUACAUAUAAUUGCAUCUUGUUGUAAUGAGUAUUGAAACCAGUUUUUUGUUGGUAUCAAGGGUAAACAGAUCCUGCCAAAUAUUAGAGUAGUUACUCAAAUAUUUGCUCCAGCAAUGGUUGAAUUGAAAGAUGUGCCAGGAAAUAUUUGUGAUCUUUAUUUUCUUUUUAUUCAGAACAGUUUAUAGACUUUUUUGCUUUUAAGAAAAUGUUGGAUGAAAUUAUUGCUUAAAAAAAAGUAGAAAAUAAAUUUUAGUUUCAAAACGACUACAAAAGAACUUAUAAUCAAGAGCUUCGAUUUUUGUUGUAUUUUAUAUUUAACAAUAAAUAUGAUUUACUUCCAUUUUUUUAAAUUUCCAAAUUUCUCUCAAAAUUCACAACUUUUUUUCAAAUUUUCCAAAUUUUUAAAUCCGAACUUGUCUCUAAAUUACAAAAUUCAAAUACAUGCAUACAUACAUACAUACUAUACAUACAUACAUACGUACGUACAUACAUACAUACAUAUAUACGUACAUACAUACAUGCAGGUUAAGCAUGUUGAAAAUUUCUACAGAUAGCGACUUUGGUGGCCUCAACGGCUCUCAUAGGAUACUUACCAAACGGUUGCUUCAAACGUUGGAUAAACCGAAAAAUGUACGUCAUCAGCAAUCGUAUAUUAGUCCGCUCACUAUCAAGUAUUGUGAGUAUACACAACAAACAAUGGCGCCCCAAAAGUGGGUCAGUAUGCGUGGCCAAUCAUACUACGCCAGUUGAUGUUGUUAUGUUGUCUAUGGACAACUGUUACAGUUUGAUAGGUCAACGUCAUGGUGGCUUUCUGGGCAUAUUUCAGAGGGCUCUUGCCAGGGCUUCGCCUCAUAUUUGGUUCGAACGGUCCGAAGCACGAGAUAGGCAUGCUGUGGCAAAAAGGUUGAAGGAGCAUGUGUCCAAUCCCGAAAACCCACCGAUUCUCAUAUUUCCAGAAGGCACAUGUAUAAACAACACAUCUGUGAUGCAGUUCAAAAAGGGCAGUUUUGAAGUAGGCAGCGUCAUUUAUCCUGUCGCCAUCAAAUAUGAUCCUAGGUUCGGUGAUGCAUUCUGGAAUAGCAGUAAGUACUCAAUGCUACAGUACCUUUACAUGAUGAUGACCAGCUGGGCAAUUGUUUGUGAUGUUUGGUACUUACCCCCUAUGACACAACGCGAGAAUGAAUCUGCCAUUGAUUUCGCCAACAGGGUGAAAAGUGUGAUAGCAAAACAGGGUGGUUUAGUGGAUUUAAUGUGGGAUGGCCAGUUGAAGCGAAUAAAAGCCAAAAAGGAAUGGAAGGAGCGACAACAAGAAGAAUUUAGCAAACGUUUAAAGUCAGAAUAAGAUGAACAAUUUUAUUCAGUUUCUAUUUUGGAAACAUGGCUGAAUAAAUACAUAUAUCAUAUUUCAUAUGCAUGUACUCAGUUUUUCUCUAUUGUUUUCAGUGUUUUCUGAUAUAUGCAACAAAAAUUCCCAGCCCAGCCAUUGAUACUUUCAUUUAUAAUUUUUUGUUGUCCAAAAGUGAACCAAAUAUUAGUGUAGGUAAACGCACAAUCUAUGUGUUGUUUUACUAAUGAAAGUCUAGUCGUGAUGUCUAUUUCAUUUUUUAAGAUAAACUUGUAUAAAGAAUAUAUUUUUAACUAUUUUAUAUAUUUUUGAUGUGCAUGGUCCGUGAAAUGAAACGAGUUACAAGCGAUUUUUCCGUUAGGAGUAAUUUUAGAACACAAUUCCGAACUAUUAAUAUUGAUUAUAUUGUGUAUAUUUUGAAAAAAUUAGCAGCUGAACAUUUCGUAAUCAAUCAUUGUUGAUAAUUUCCUUCACAUACUAGCAUUUAUUUUUUGAUAUUAUAUUUUUGUACAUGAGACCAAAUUUUAUUGAACCAGGGAGGUUUUGUUAGUUGCUUUGUAUGAAAAUACAAUAAAUGAUAAAUAUUAUUAUUAUUAGGUUCUAAGCUACUUAGAUUGUGAGUAUACAGUGUAAAUAUACUAAUAUUUUCUACGA